AUGUCAGCGAAGCAGGGAACUCUCGCUUCGUCCCCUGACUCCUCUGGCCCUCCUAGCAUUCUGAGCUCUUCUGCGGAUGUUGAAAUGGCCUGUACGCUGACCUCAAUCGAAGAGCGGUGCAACAGAUCUCGUUCGUCUUCUCCAAUUACCGAAAGAAUGGCGUCCUUCCAAUCCGCUCGAGAGCGCUCAGAGCGCCUUAGCAGCCGUCCCCCCAAUCCUGGCCACAACAAUUCCCACCCAGGUCAAGCCAACAGUUGGAGAGAUGAGACUCCAGGACCCAAUGGACCUCCCCAGUUGCACUACUAUACACCCCAAUAUGAUCCCCAUGCACCCAUGAUGGGUGGUCAUUAUGGUCCUCCUCGCCCACGUGGAAACUCUGUCAUGAUGAUGGGUGAGAAUAGCGUCCCGCUUAGCACCAUCUGCCCUGGUACUGUCUGGCCAACUGAGGCUCAAUUGAGUGCUUCUUAUGGUUAUGGUAUCCGUCGUGAGGAUGGUAGCAUUACUCGACUCUACGCAGCCGAUGAGUUGCCUCCACAACAUAGCGUUCCACCUCGACAAGGCCCGGAAGGCUUGAUCAUCGUUCCUACCCCUCGUCAAGUCUCCCCAAAUCGACGCAUGGGCGCAGAGGUCAUGAUCCCCGGUGAUGUUGUCCAGCAGCUUGCGACCAAUCGUCCCUACCGCCCUGAGCACAACUACUACGAUGCUACUCAGAUGCAAAUCGAUUCAAUCGUUGCUCAUGCGGGUCCGUCCGAGUCCGUCUCUCCUCCACCGCGCCGCCGAGAGAAGAUCUACUGUGACAAGUGGAUCCACGAGGGUGUUUGUGCAUUUACACAAAUGGGUUGCAAGUAUAAGCAUGAGAUGCCGAUGGAUAAGGCUACUCAACUAACUCUCGGCCUCAACCACGGUUUGCCAAGUUGGUAUCGUCGUGCUUAUGCUGUCAACCUCAACCCCGAGUCAUCGUCCCCUCCUACCAUCUCUAGCCCACCAAGCCAUGCUCGUGCUGAGGGUUCUUGGCGUAACCGUGCCCAAUCCCAAUUGGAGGCAGCCCCUUCUACUGGUAACUCAAACUCCGGCAAUGGUCACUCUGGCGCUUCCCUUGGCACUGCCAGUAGAUCCUUUGGACCGAUUGCUCCACCUGCCAGCUCUCAGACUUCUCCCUCCAACAACCCGUACUCAAGCCUAAAGGUCGAGGAGCAAGAUGAAGAGGAAGAGGAGGAGGACGACACGGUCACCUGGAGAGGCCGUCGCAAGUAAAAUAUCACGACUUCCUAUUGCCGGUUACUGCUCGGACUAUCUAUCAGCGAGAUCGAGGCUCUUCCAUGUCAUCGGCUUCUAUAUCCGACCUUCCACCGUAUUGUCUUCUUCGUAGCCUGGUUUGGCCUCGCCGGCGUUGCCAUUCCUCGCUUUAUAUGGAAGAUUACUAUGCUUGCUUUCGUACCUUUCUUUUUAAAAUCAUUUCAAGGGGUGGCUGGCACUAGACUUCUUGUCGUUUGGAACCUCACUGGCGGCCUGCACUUCUUAGCUCGGCUCCCUCUAUGAUGCUUUCGUUGUUGUUUUU